AUGACCCGACGCUUGCACUCGCCCCAGUCACCACCGACGUCUUCCGUUGCGGCCACUGUCACUAAAGUCGAGCGUCCCCAGGCCUACUACGCGAGCCGAGCACUCCCACGAGUUGCACCCCAGAUUUCAGAUUCAACCCCAACUCGCCCUUCUCGUCGUGCUGUACAGCCCCAAGACUUGCCAGCCUCGGACGAAAAUUGCGGCUACAUCGACUUUGGAACUGUAACAAAUCGUCGCCGGAGUUUCAAUUCCGACGUGUCUCUGCGCAAGUCGACGCGUCGAGCGGCGCCGGCGCGCUCGUUCAACCCGAAGAGCCGUGAUUUGCCCAUCUCAACGGUCUCUGCAACUGCUCGGCCCUCUUCACCUCCGACCGCGUUGACUUCAGACGCUCUUGCACCUCCCUCGCCAAUCCUAGCAUCCUCAUCCCCCUUAUCUCUGGGUAUGCACCCCGUGCUUGAUGGGUCGGCCUCCCUCAGUGGUGACCGGGCUCUGUCGCCGUCGUCAUCGACCCCCUCGCACUUCGCCGACGCGCUCGCAGCUGGCGAAUUGUGUCUCUCGCCACAGCGUGCAACGGAGGAGCAGGGCCGGUACUCGUCGGUCGAGGCGUUCGAACACGACUUUGAGAACGAGUCGCAUCCCUUCUUCGACAACGAAGUUUCGCAAUUCCUACAGCAACUACAAGCUAACGAGGACGGUGAAUCGCAAUUUCGCGACGACUGCUUCGCCGCCGCCACUGAGGAGUCGACCUCGACUUGCGCUGCCUCGACUUCUGGCAGUGUCGGCCGCCUGGCUUUACCCCAAGUGGCGCGAAAGCAACUGGCUCUUGCGCAAUCGACAUGGAGCCCACUGGAAUCGUCGUCAAAUCCACUUUCUUUGUGAGUCUAGCACCUCUCGAACCCAGGCGUCAUUUCAUUUCGGACCCCCGCGCUAACGCCGAGCUCGCGCUACUCUGUCUUCCGUCGUCGCCGAUAGACCGGUCCACCUCCACCAUACCCACUUCCCCGUCCCUCCCCAGACGCGACCUCUUGCUGUUCAGCCAUCAGUCGGCACCCUGCGUGCUCAUUCCCCUUCGUCGGCCAUGCCAUUCGGUGGUGGUUCUGACCCCAACGCGUCCUUCUUCGAGACCCCUUUUUUCGACCUCGACAUCGAUGCGAUCCUUACCGCCUACGAAGCCGUCUCGUCCGAUGAGGAAGACCAGGACGACCAGAACGACUACAAUAUUGACUUGAACUUCACCCCGAGAAUGUCGUCUGUCAAGUCCACGGUCCGUCAAGACUCGUCCCAUCGAUCAGUCGCGAGGAUGCGCAAGCCGAUCUUCCCCUCCCCUGCUCAGCGCGCAAACCCUGACCCUCGCGGUCCUAAACCUGUCUUCCCGAGCACCGUCACUUCCUUUAAACCCCAUAAUUUCUCGAAAUUGUCACUUCAGACGGCCAACCUCAGCCCUGAUUCAACUGUCGGCGCUCCCCCUCCUCUGCCCUUGCCGGCGCCUCCGGCCCACCACGCGAGCGCCACUGCCUCUGCUAGCCGCUUGUCUCCUGCAACCGCGCGCAGUCGCCAGUCGACUUUCUCGUCGAUUGGGUCUUCCUCGAACGUCUCCUCCCCCAUCUCAACGCGAUCGUCUGGCUUCUCUUCGAAUGGCAACGGCUCAUUCCGAUGGUCGUCUACAUCGGGCUCAACGGCGCACACAAUAGCCGACGGUGAAGGGAUCGACGUCUUCGGCCGCUGCUUCCCUUCUCCUGUCAAACGAGGAUCCGAUGUGUCCGUCUAUAGCACCGCCUCUUCCGUGGCUGCGGUCUUGCCUACGACCGGAACUCCUCGUCGUGUGCCCUUGGAAGGUGCAAACCCUGGCGGUGCCACUGUCGAUCGACGAGUAAUGGCGUGCGCCGAGGAUGAUGCGAUGAUGGACUGGCAGCAGUUCGCUGAGGAGAUUGGUGCAUCUGAAGAGGACGCCCUCGACACAACGACUCCGUCCGUCGCGAAAUCAUCUCCACUUUCCCCACCGCCUUUCGCUUUCGCCCGAACCGCCGCCGUAGUGGCUGAUCGCCCUUCCCCCGCUUCUUCGACCUCGACCUUGCCCUUGCCUGGUGUUGUUCCCGCAAUUGAUGUUGGUCCUAGAUCGCUGGUGAAGAAGAUGUCGAGUCUGAGUCUGAAGCGCUUCAAGCGAGGCGUCGUCGGACCCUCGUCCGCAAAGCCUCCUCCGAUGCCGCAGUAUGCCUCCAACUUGGUUAUGAUGCAUUCCAUGCAUUUUUCAUAA